GAAGAGACGGUGUUGGAGGGGGGGAGAGCUCGAGCAAGCUCGUGCGCCGGUCAAACGCCAGCAGAGCGCUGCGAGGAACGGACGCAAGUGAACGCAACAUUUCAAAGUGCACGCGGACGAUCAAGAAGAGGAUUUCAUCUUGUCUUGAAUUGUAAAUAUUAAUCACAAUCAAUAAGUCUCGCUUGGCCUCUCUGAUGAGUGCAAUCCGGCGGGAGUUGACGGAGGCGCGCCCGGAGGCGGCGGCGGCGUGGGGCGACGACGUGCACGCGCGCGGCUGAAAGCAUCAUGGAGCAGCCUUUGUGGAUCCUAACUUUGCUCGUCACUUUGCUGCCAGCGCAGUGCGUUCGCUUUUCCCAGGAGCCGGCCGAUCAAUCUGUGGUCCUGGGUGAGCGAGUGGUCCUCUCCUGCGUGGUCUUCAACUACAGCGGCAUCGUCCAGUGGACCAAAGAUGGCCUGGCGCUCGGCGUCGGGGAGGGCCUUCGAGCAUGGCCUCGGUACCGAGUGCUGCGGGCUCUGGACACAGGCCAGUACAACCUGGAGAUCUCGCGUGCCGAGCUAUCCGAUGACUCGCUGUACGAGUGCCAGGCCACCGAGGCCGCCUUGCGCUCGCGGAGGGCCAAGCUCAACGUCCUCAUCCCACCCGAGGACCCCGUGAUGGAGGCCAGCCCGGAGCUGCUGCUCAUGGCGGGCACGCCGCACAACCUCACCUGCAUCACCCGCGGCGCCAAACCAGCCGCACACAUCCAGUGGCUCAAGAACGGGCUGCCCGCCGAGGGCGCCCACCAGUCCACGGAGGUGCUGCCAGACCGAAAGAGAGUGACCACCAGGAGCUACCUGCCCAUCAUGCCGCUGGACACCGACAGCCACAGCAACUUCACCUGCGUGGCCAGCAACCCGGCCGUGCCCAUGGGCAAGCGGGCCAACGUCAUGCUCAACGUGCACCAUCCGCCGACGGUGACGUUGUCUAUUGAGCCUCGCUCAGUCCUGGAGGGCGAGAGGGUCACCUUCACCUGCCAGGCCACCGCCAACCCGCCCAUCAUGGGCUACAGGUGGGCGAAGGGCGGCGUGUUGCUAGAGGGCGCCAGAGAGAGCAUGUUUGCCACCACGGCCGACCACUCCUUCUUCACCGAACCUGUGUCCUGUCAGGUGUUCAACGCGGUGGGCAGCACCAACGUUAGCAUACUGGUGGACGUACAUUUCGGACCCAUCCUGGUGGUAGAACCGCGGCCCAUCACGGUGGACGUGAACUCUGACGUCACCCUGAACUGCAAGUGGUCUGGAAACCCGCCGCUUACCCUCACCUGGACCAAGAAAGGCUCCAACAUGGUGCUUAGUAACAAUAACCAGCUGUACUUGAAGUCGGUGAGCCAGGCAGACGCCGGCCAGUACGUGUGCAAGGCCAUCGUGCCGCGCAUCGGCGUGGGUGAGACGGAAGUGAUGCUCACAGUCAAUGGCCCGCCCAUAAUCUCCAGCGAUCCGGUCCAGUACGCCGUCCGGGGUGAGCGAGGCGAGAUUAAGUGCUAUAUCGCCAGCACGCCCCCACCGGACAAGAUCGUGUGGGCAUGGAAGGAGAACGUGUGGGAGAAGGAGAAAGGCACGUUGAUGGAGCGCUACACAGUAGAGCAAAGCAAGCCGCCGUCGCAGGGCGGGGCCGUGCUCUCCACACUCACCAUCAACAACGUCAUGGAAUCCGACUUCCACUCGCCAUACAAUUGCACUGCCUGGAACUCCUUCGGGCCCCGCACCAUGAUCAUCACUCUGGAGGAAACCGACAUCGUCCCAGUGGGCAUCAUCGCCGGAGGCACGGUGGGCUCGUCCAUCCUUCUGCUCACGCUGCUGCUGGCUCUCGCCUUCUUCCUGUACCGCCAACGCAAAGGCAGACAUCGAGGAGUGACGCUGGGCAAAGCCGACAUCAAAGUGGAGACGGUCAACAAGGAGACGCACAGUCUAGAGGAGGAAGCGGCCACCGUCUCCACGGCCACGCGCAUGGUCAAGGCGAUGUACUCGUUUCUGCCCUCUGUCUCCCUCUCUCCCUCCACUCAGCCCUUCAAAGACGACAUGGACCUCAAGCAGGAUGUGCGCAGUGAGAGCGACACGCGUGACGACUACGAACUCAAGGAUCCAACAAAUGGCUACUACAACGUGCGAGCGACCACCCACGACGAGGCUCGCCCUCAGUCCCGCGCCAUCCACUACCAGGGAGACUUCCGCUCUCCCAACGCGAACAGCGCGGCAGGCGGCGCCACCGUUUCCGCAGCCCCGCCCUCCGCCCCCAGCGGCGCGGUCCCCCCCAGCGGAGUACCGGGCUCCCGGGCCGGUUGCUAUGACCCGCGCCCCCCUUCCCGCAUCUCGCACUCCACCUACGCCCAGUUCAGCACGCUCUCCCGGGCGGCGGCCGCUGCCCAGCAGGCGGCAUCCAACCCACCGGGGGACUACCCGGGGGACUGCGGGCUGCUGGACGGCACCACCCAACUUGCCUACGACAGCUACGGGUACCCCUCGCAGUACCACGGCUAUCGCGUGGCCUUCGCACCGCCUGCGGAGGAGGGGCCGGCCUAUGAGAUGUACCCCACGGGACCAGGGAGCGGACCUGGGCAGCACAGCCCCGAAGCAGGGCUGGGAAAGUACGACACAGCUACCCGCUUUUCGUAUUCGUCACCCCCUUCUGACCACUCACAGAGACACACGCAGAGGAUGCAGACUCAUGUGUGAAAGCAAAACCACAUGCGUUGGCGUUAGCAAUAUGCAUGCUAAUUGGCGCUAACUACAAUCAACAAAGAAGAGCAGCACUUCUGACUGAUCAGCCAACACUUUGGGGUUACCAGAACCUAAAAUUGUAUCCCGUUGAAAAUAUGUUUUACAAUAAUACCCCGUUAGCGCCUCACCCUCCAAAAAAAUCGUUUUCCAAUUAAAAUGAAAUUCAAUGGCCAUGAUAGGACACAUGAAAAAAUCUGAAGGACGAAAGUCUGAAAUGGAAGAAGGCGGCAUCCUUGUGAGGAUAAAGUGGAUCAGAAAAUGGAUGUAAUUACAGUAGUUAUUUUCAGUCAAAUCCGGUGCAACUUCAGCUGGCCACCAUGGUUGGGAAUUAUUCACGACCAAUCGGUGGAUGCAGGUAUCUAAGUUGGUAUCUCAGUAAGUGGCGAAUGCUUGUGAACUCGGGAGACCAAAGUAUUGCUGGAGCUUUCAUCAGUGCGAUGUCUUGUCAAGACCAAUUGGACGUUGCGUAUUGACAGCUCCACAAAGUAGCCGAGAUGUCUCUGCGAUGUGUCCAGCAGGUCUUGGCGAUUUCGCAGACCUGCCGCAGAUGUAGAAAAAGUCUCCAAAAAGGUCUCCGAAAGGAAUUGAACAUGUUUGAAUUUACCACGACUGCCUGGCGACCCGACUAGUCUCCAGGAUACGUCUCGGAGACUUGAGUCUCACCAUCGGGUCACCAUCUUGUGUCCAGGCCAGUCAGAUAGGCCUGUUAGAUGAUUGGUCGACACUAAAGGCCCUAUUUUCAUACACAAGCGCUCGUGCACUUGGCCUAAACAUGGGCCAUUUUUAUUUUCAUGCUGUGUCAAGUCUAGUUCACCAUGUUGGGGACCUUGUUGCGCUUCUCUGGGCGUUCCGGUGGACGGAGCUGGUGUGCCUCCGUCACACCUCACAAUUUGGUGGCAGAAAGUAGACUGUGCUGUAAAAACGAGUACAUCUUCAUUUUUGUGCCAGGGCAAGUCUUAACAGGUUUGUGAAUUUGGUCGACCCCCGCUAUGCCUCAAUGGGCCUUCUGGUUUAUUAGAUUGCAUGCCCACGGCACAUCUGGCAAUUUGGUGACCCAAAUCAGACUGCAUUUUACAUUUGCAAAAACUUGCCUGGAGAUGGCUGUGUUGGCUCCCACAACGGCGAAAAUGCCGUCUUCUCACUAGUUUGGCAAAAUACCAAGAGAACGCUCUACUCCACCCAUGCACUGGUCAGUUUUUAUGCUCUCGCUGUCUUAACAUGGGAAUCCACUUUGAACCAUUUGCCAUGAAAAAAAAAUGGAUGUCUUUAUUGCGAAAUUCCUUGCUUUUAUGUGGACAUUUUGUACAAAACAAAGCGACAUAACUUUCCAUGCACCGUAACAACAUGGCAGCUUGUUGAAAAAACACAAACCAGUGUGGGGAGUCUCUCUUCCAGGAGUAGGUAGCAAUGCGUCACGCAGAUUUUCUACACUCAUGACGCGUUUCGACGUCGGCUUUUUAGUCCGUUUGAUGACUUUUGUUUUUUUAAAAAAAGAAAAAGAAAAGAAAAAUACCUCCGCAACCCUGGAUCCUCAAGUGUCAAAAUGUGUUUGUUUCUUGUCACUUGCACAGUAGAAUAGUUUUUUUUCCCUCCACAUUUAUACUGAAAUGGGGGAUGGAGGGGAACUGCAAAAAAGAACAUUUAUUGUAUUUUUAUUUAAAAAAAGAAAAAUGUGGACCAAAGGUUCAAAAUUUUGUGUGAGGGGACACUGUUGGAUUUUUACAACGGAACAUUUUCGCCAAGGAAGGACGAUGUUUAUGCAGCAAAGAGAAUGAAUGGGGGUGUUUUUUUGUUGUUGGUGGUUUGUUUUUUGAAGCAGAGUCCCUCAGACCACCAGUCCUCCGUGACUGGAAUGCCUUUUUUGACGGUUGGACAGCAGGCUGGCUUUCGACAGUGGAGUCUUAACAUAUCAAGGUGAAGCUUCAGAGGCUUCCGUGGAGCUCAUUUUGCUGUUGUAAACCUGUCAGCAACAUGCCAACAACAUGUAAAUGACACAAACAACAUGUAAACAUACAUGUAAUGCUUCCUCAAUGCAGCAAAAACACAAUGGUGAUGUGUUGUUUUUUUAUGGUCUUUAAUCUUUGCUGUAUGUUUGUGACUGGCUUUUAGUGUUUAUUACUGGUGUCCCAUAUAUACUAUAUUGAUUAUUUUUGCUGAGCCUUACCCUAAAAAGUGCAGACUGGCCAAUCAAAACUCAGCACAGAACAGCAGUCUGGUGUUAAAUCAAUUGAGACAUUUUUUACUUGUUUUUCGAGGGUUUGGAUAUUUUUGUUCCUUUUGGUGUCCUGUUAAAAAAAUUUAAAAAAAUACAAAAUCUUAAGAGUUUCAAAUUAGGGUUCUAAAUUAGGAUUUCAAGACAGGAAAUUGGAAUUUCAAGAUCAAGUUCAGGUUCCAAAAUGGGGUUUCAAGUAGGAUGGAUUCCAGCUUAGGUUAGGGUUACAAAACUGAUGGUUUCAAUAUAGGGUAAACGUUUCAAGUUAACUUUAAAAUUAGGCUUUCAAGAGAGGGUCAGUGGUCCAAAGUAGGGUGCCAAGGCAGGGUUGGGAUUUAAAAUUACCGUUGCAGGCUAGGGUUGAGGUUAAAAAUAAGAGUGGCUAGGUUUUGAAAUUACAGUAGUCUCAAAUUACAAUUCCGAAUUGGGCUUUGCAGUGUUAGGGUUUCCAAUGAGAACUGAAUGGAGAAAUUUCCCCUGUUAAAUUUUCCUGUUUGUCCUUCUGAAUGGUAUUCAGAACUUUUAAUUAUCAGCACUUUAACACUGUCAUCUCCUUUUGGGAAAUGUCAAACUAAUACCCCUUUCGCUAUAUGGUGAUUUAUUAUUAUUAUUUUUAUGUUCUUUCAUGAGAAGAAGCGCUCUGCAAAGUGGGGCUGAAGGAGGAUUCGCUGAGCCACCAGUGGCUCCAUCCGCUCACGUACUUGACGUCUGCUGCCAAAGCACUGCAAGGAGCUCGACUGUGUUCACUAUGCGCGUGCGAUUUUAAACGCAGCUUGAAACCUCUCAGAACAGCUGAAAGGAUGAAAAAUUGCACCGAUCAGCAAAUUGUUAAAUUUUUCAUCAGAGAUGCAAGUAAACUUUUCUAGAUUUUUUUGCAAAUCUGCCCUCUUUAUUUUCUCGAGCACGUCAACUGUUCAUAAUAAUAACAAAACAAUACUAUUCUAGAUGAUAUGUAACUUCCAGUGGAAUUUUUUUUUCUGAAACGUCAUAUCUAUAAUAAAUUACAACACAUGGUAAAAUUCAUACUGUCAAACUAAAAAAGAAUGAAAAAACAAAUCUGACGUGCUAGAAAAAAAAAAAUUUAAAUCAGCGACAAGGACAUACAAAGCCAAAUUACAAAAGAGUCGCUGGAGUAGUGACUUGCUAACUUGACCCACACGAUUAUCUUGUGUUUGUUUUUUUUUUUUUUUUGUUGUUGUAACAAAAUUGACAGUCAAGAUCAUAUCAUCUCCAUGAUCCAGUCUUGACUUUUCCUGUGACACAACAUAUUCUGAUAUGUAAGAUCACGUUUGUCUUUUACUUUUAUAUAUAUUUAAAAGGUUAAAACAAAACGAUUGUUUUAUCCAUGUGUCAAAUUGUAAUUGUAAGUUAUUUUUUCACACAAUUCCAGAAAAUAAAACUUUCAUACAAAAAAA